AUGUAUCUGCGCAACAUCUUCGCCGCGGCAUCCUUUGUCGCCAUGGUCGCCUCCGCCGCGCUGCCCGAGGACAGCCCCUAUGUUCCUGGCUUCGACAAGUCUUGUGUGGAGAGCUGCAAGGCGGGUGGAACUGCAAAUGACAACUGCUACGGAUGGUGCCCUCAAUGCGAUGCGAGCCUGAGCGACGAGUGCCUGGCUGUGGAUAAGAUCUAG